CCACCAAUAAAACCAGCUGAGUUUGUGCCAGGCUGGCUACAAAGGCAACUGUCUCAGUGGUGCUGGGUCAUCCCGGGUGCGGAGUUGGGGUCUCUGAAGCAGGUCCUGGCUCCUGGAACUCUUGGCCGCCAUGUGCUUCGCAAAGAUCCUGCCUGAUGACAUUAAGAAACUGAAUGCCGACAUGCAUCAGAUGAUAGAUGAAUUUACUGACACCAUGAAAAAUGAGGUAUCAAAACCUGAACAGGUGGAGUCGAGCAUGAAUGAUCUGGAGGACAAAAUCAAAGAGCGCAUUUUGGACACUGCGAAGGAUCGUUUUCAGGGACAGCAGCCUGAGCUCACUCCUCUACUUGAAGGAGAAACGGAUGCAGUACGGCGCAGAAGCAACAGACCGCCUGUUCUGGAAGUUCAGGAUCCCAAAACCCAGGAGCCGGAGGAGAGCUUUUGUGACAUGGUCAAGAGAUGGUUCCGGGCCAUGAUGCAGCGGCUGCAGACCUGGUGGCAGAACUUUGUGGCCUGGUUGCAGAAGAUGGUGACGUUCCUCUGGGAAAAGUUUGAGAGUUUCUGCUGCUCUCUGGCAGAGCUCCUCGGGUCCUUUUUCAGUACUAAGGAAUCCCAUUGAGGGGAUGGAGGAGCUGACAGCCCAGCAGUGCUCUGAACCCCAGUGAAGCUUCUGAUGCCACUUUUGCCCUCCCCCUAACUUCAAACCCACCCUGACCCCUCCCUCAGCUCUGCUGUGCCCUGCCCCCCUCCACACACCCAAGCCCCCUGCCUGGCAGUUCCUGCAGCAGCUCUGACCUGGCACUGUCACAAGGGCAUCAUAAUAAAACUCUUAAACUUA